AUGGGUCGUUGUGGAGAAGAUGUAACAGAGAUAGACGUCAAGCCAGAUGGUUCUUGGCGUGCGAAUGAUGCUCUUGGACAACAACUUCUGCUGCUCAUAGCAACUAGAGGCAAGGGUAUCGAUGCAGCUGAAGUUGCCGAAAAACAAGCUCUUUCUACUGCAUCCAAAACUGCAACCAAAAUGUGCAAACUAGUUUGCUGUCCAUCAUUUCUGUCUUUGCUUACCCGCAGUUUAUAUGUUUCUUUUGACACUUGCAGGUAUUUAAACAAACACCUUCUCUUCUUCUCACUUGUUCUUCUCGAUCUCAAGCAAAAACGAAAUGUAGCAGCCGAUGAUGAGGUGAUGAGACUUUGUCUUAUUACACUAGUUGGUGGUAUACUCUAUAGAUAUUAUUAUUAUUUGCUCGUUAUGUCGACGAUGAUGAGUACUAAUUCAUCGCCAUCUCCGUCUUCAUCACUGAUACUGGAUCAACCUACCAAAACUUCAUCAGUAUCAUUGAAGUUCAUCUAUUAUUUUUGGAAAGUAUAUGGCGAACAUUAUCCUCCUGGCUUUCUUAGAAAGGUGUUAGCAGAGUUCAUAGCUACAUUUCUAUUGGUUUUUGUGACCUGUGGAGCAGCAGCAUUGAGUAGAAGCGAUGAAGGCAGAAUCUCCAAGUUAGGAGCUUCUAUUGCCGGUGGACUUAUUGUAACGGUUAUGAUAUAUGCAGUUGGCCAUGUUUCAGGUGCUCAUAUGAACCCUGCUGUCACUUGCGCAUUUGCGGCUGUAAGGCGCUUCCCAUGGAAACAGGUACCCUUUUAUGCUGCAGCGCAACUAACUGGAGCUGUGGUUGCAUCAUUUACCCUUCUAAUUUUACUGUGCCCUAUCAAAAAUGUAGGAACUACUUCUCCGUCCGGAACUGAUUUUCAAGCUUUAGUGAUGGAAAUUGUCGUCACAUUUUCCAUGAUGUUUGUCACUGCAGCAGUUGCCACUGAUACUAAGGCAGUUGGAGAAUUAGCGGGCUUGGCAGUCGGUUCUGCAGUUUGCAUCACUUCUAUAUUAGCCGGGCCAGUGUCAGGUGGAUCGAUGAACCCAGUGCGGACAAUUGGUCCUGCACUUGCUAGCAAGCAUUACAAAGGAAUUUGGGUGUAUAUUGUUGGACCAUUAUUUGGGACACUAACAGGUGCGUGGUCUUAUAAUCUCAUACGAGGCUUGGAGGAGCCAAUUGCACCAUCACCAAGUUCAUCUUCCAUUAGGAUUCGUCCAUCCCGACGCAAUUACGAUGAGCAACCAGAUGUACCAAACAAAGGUCCUCUUGAGAUUAUCUAAUUAUUCUCUCUAAAAUCACUUGUUGUUGCAUUAUUUAAAACCCUAAUAAUUUCUGGCGCCGUUUUGUUAGGCUGCUCUUGAGCGAGCGUUUUUAGUUUACCCUUGAGCGAGUGUUAGAUUAUUAGGUUGCCUUCUGUGUGUUGUUGUUGCAAGUAGUUAUGCACUUUAAUAUCGGUCGCCUUGAGGUGGUUGUGAGGCAUAUAGUGUUUGUUCGUUGUUUCGUUUUCUUACUUGACUUUUUUGCUCUUUUCUUUGAGUGAUCGAUUCCAAAUUCGGUUC